AUCCUAAAGGCCAUGGAGUUGAAGAGCUUGGUUUAACAUAAUGUAUGACACAUGGGCUCCAAUGGUAACUUAGUGGUGGUUUAUUUAGUGGUGGUCGUUAUCUGACACAUACUGGUGAACAGCCUUGAUGAUUUACUACUUUGGCUGGAGCACAGCUCAUGUUUGUGUUCCUGAACACCAAGAGGACUCUCUUCCUCAAACCUGUUGUUAUGAUGGUUUAGACUGGAGCUUUCUAUGUGCCCUUCGUAUUCAUUCAAGUAGGAAUGUGUGGCCAACAAGAAAUGGUUCGUGCCAAGUGGAAGAUGGUUGUUUCACUGAUCUUGUUUAUGGUCAGCCCUGGUGAUGGACUGUUUCAUGCAGUAUACCGAAGUAUCCUUGUUUCCCAGUCCUUCAAGGGGGAUGCAGGACAGCCUCUUUUUCUUAGCCCAUACAUCAAAAACGGGAAGAUCAAGGAGGGGCAAAGGAAGAGCAUGGUCAGUCCGUUCCCUGGAAUGAACGACAAGAGUUAUGCCGGCUACAUCACGGUGAACCAGACUUACAACAGCAACCUCUUCUUCUGGUUCUUUCCGGCUCGGAUGCAGCCUGAGGAUGCCCCAGUAGUCCUCUGGCUUCAGGGUGGACCUGGAGGUUCAUCCAUGUUUGGACUCUUUGUAGAACACGGGCCUUAUAUUAUCACAAGUAACAUGACCGUUGUGGCCAGAGACUUCCCUUGGACCUUUACCCUUUCCAUGCUCUACAUUGAUAAUCCGGUGGGUACAGGCUUCAGCUUCACCGAUCAUUUCCAGGGAUACGCCACCAGCGAGGAUGAUGUAGCCCAAGACUUGUACAGUGCCCUGAUUCAGUUCUUCACGUUGUUUCCCGAGUAUGCAAAGAAUGAUUUUUACGUCACUGGCGAGUCUUAUGCAGGGAAAUAUGUUCCGGCCCUAGCACACUAUAUCCACUCCCUCAACCCCGUGCGGAAGUUCAAGAUUCGCCUAAAAGGAAUUGCCAUUGGAGAUGCAUACACUGAUCCUGAAUCGAUUAUAGGAGGGUAUGCGGCAUUCCUAUAUGAAAUUGGCUUGUUGGAUGAACAGCAGCAGAAGUACUUCCAGAAGCAGUGUAGCAAGUGCGUAAAAUACAUCAAAGAGCAGGAGUGGAUGAAGGCCUUUGAAAUCCUGGAUAAGCUGCUAGAUGGAGAUGUAACAACUGGUUCAUCUUUCUUCCAGAAUGUGACAGGAUGUACCAAUUACUACAACAUUUUACAGUGCACGGAACCCAAGGAGCAAAGUUACUUUGCAAAAUUCUUGACGCUCCCCCAAGUGAGACAAGCCAUCCACGUGGGAAACCAGAACUUCAGUGACGGUGCUGAGGUUGAGAAGCACCUGCGAGAGGACACAGUGAAGUCGGUGAAGCCCUGGCUGUCUGAGAUCAUGAAUUACUACAAGGUUCUCAUCUACAAUGGCCAACUGGACAUCAUCGUGGCGGCUGCCCUGACAGAGCGCUCCUUGAUGGCCAUGGACUGGAAGGGAUCCCGAGCAUACAGAAGGGCACGUCGAAAGGUCUGGAAGAUCUUCAAAUCGGAUAAUGAAGUGGCUGGUUAUGUGAGGCGUGUGGGCAAAUUCCAUCAGGUAAUCGUCCGAGGUGGAGGACACAUUUUGCCCUAUGACCAGCCAAUGAGAUCUUUUGAUAUGAUCAAUCGCUUCAUCUAUGACAGAGGAUGGGAACCUUAUAAUUCAUAAGAUACUUUCCUGAAACAGGAGUCUCAAUCACAAAAUAAUAUUGUUUAAAAAAAACUAAAUAUAUCAUGUAAAUUUAAAAUUUAUCAUUUUUAUAUUUUCAAGGUACUUUUUAGUCAAUAAAAGUUUCCCUGAAACAAGUGACCUUUUGAAUGACAGUUAGGGAUCAUGAGCACACUUAAGUGAAAAUCAUGUGUGUUGAUUUAUGGGAUGAAAAAAAAUGGGGUCUGAGGCACUAAUGGAAUAUCUAAUCCCUUCCAGGGCAGAAAGUGCAAUAAAUUGAUAGACUCAUAACA